CGAGGACAAGGCAGCAAAGGUCCACACACACACAUACCAGAGCAUCCUACCAUUCCAUUACGACCACCUCACUCCGUCGCCUAGGAUGUUCUCCGCCGAGCUGGAGUAUCUACGGCGCCACUCGCUGCGCUCUCUCCUGAACCAGGCUCUCAACGUCCUCACUGUCCUCUCAACCUCCCUCGCGCUAUGGAAGGGCCUCUCCCUCCUAGUAGACUCCGAGUCGCCCGUCGUAGUCGUUCUAUCAGGCUCCAUGGAACCUGCAUUCUACAGAGGCGACUUGCUCUUCUUGAGCAUGCCGAAGGGACCGCUGAAUGUGGGAGAUAUUGUUGUGUACAAUCCAAUCUACGGAGGCACGCCGAUCGUGCAUCGCAUACUUGAGACGCAUGACGGCUUCGCGGGCCCAGAUCAGCAGAUCCUCACAAAGGGGGACAACAAUGACCAGGAUGACAUAGGGCUGUAUGGUGGUCCCAGAUGGCUCACACGCAAACAGAUUGUAGGCAAGGUGACUGCCUACGUUCCUCAUGUGGGAUAUGCGACCAUUGUGCUGAAUGACUACCCAAAGCUCAAGUAUCUCAUGUUGGCAGGCUUGGGAGCCAGCGUCAUCUUCACAAACGAAUGAUGGACUUUGUCAACAAGAUUCAGUGUCAUUAAAUCUCCUCUGCUUGGAGCAGCGUGAGCCAGAUGUGGAAUAAGAGGCUGUCGGUUGUCCUUGAGAGGGGUUAGGUCCCGCCGUGCGCCCACGAUGCGGGCCCUCACUGCGAUGGAUCUCGCCUCGCCAUUAUACGCCUGAUGCCGCUGCUGACUGUAUAGACGAUACUGC